AUGAACCCAACGUAUCGCUAUGGAGACUCCUCCCUUCCCGUGUCGCGAUACCGGCGACAGAUCUUGUAUCUUGUGGAGAAUCACGCCACAACAAUUAUCGUCGGCGAAACGGGCAGCGGAAAAACUACGCAGGUACCGCAAUUUCUAUUUGAGGCCGGCUGGGCGGAGAACGGCUUCUGCAUUGCAGUCACGCAGCCUCGCCGUGUUGCUGCCACGACGAUUGCGGCGCGUGUGGCGGAGGAGAUGGGCUGCGACUUGGGUACGACAGUUGGAUAUGCCGUACGCUUCGACAAUGCAUUGACUGCGGGCCGCACACGUAUCAAGUACCUGACCGACGGAGUGCUGCUUAGGGAGAUGCUGGACGACCCACUUCUCACGUCGUACAGCGUCAUCAUUGUGGACGAAGCGCACGAGCGCAGCUUGUCGACUGACAUGCUGCUCGGGCUGCUAAAAAAGGUUAGUGGAGAAGGUAUGCUCCAUGUGUUCGUUCAACGACGGCGUCCUGAUCUGCGCGUCAUCAUUUCAUCUGCCACGCUGGAAGCGACGAAGCUGAAGGACUUUUUCGACACAGGAACAGCUACGACAGCCGCGCAGCGGCGGGUGGCGGCGGCGGCAGCGGCAGCCGCCGCUGCUGCUGCUGCUGCUGCUGCCACAUCGAGCGGCGGCACAGCGGCGCCAUCACCACCACGCGAUCCGCACCGUACGCCGGCAGUUAUUACGGUUGAAGGUCGCACUCAUCCCGUACAGGUUCACUAUCUGGAGCACCCUGCACCUGAUUACACGAGGGCAGCGGUGGAGGCGGCGGUGGCCAUCCAUUGCGAGGACCUGCCGGGCGACAUCCUCAUCUUCCUGACGGGGCAGGAGGAGAUCCAGGCUGCUAUUGGGCUGCUAGAGGAACACGCGAGGAGGCUGGCGGGCAGUCGGGGCUACAGCCUCAAACUGAUGCCUCUACCCCUGUAUGCGGGCUUGCCUGGCGCCCAGCAGCAGGCGGUGUUUCGGAGCACACCUCGCGGCUAUCGGAAGGUAGUCGCGGCGACCAACAUCGCGGAGACGUCGCUGACCCUGGAAGGUGUUGUCUACGUUAUAGAUUGCUGUUUCGUGAAGCAGCGCUGUUACAACCCCCUUACGGGAUUGGAAUCUCUGCUGAUAGCACCGCUGUCCAAGGCCUCCGCGGCACAGAGGGCCGGCAGGGCGGGGCGGAUGAGGGCGGGGCACUGCUUCAGGCUCUGUAUGGAGGCGGACUUUGCGGCGAAGCUGCCAGAGGUGACGGUGCCAGAGAUGCAGCGAAGCAAUCUCGUUGGCAUGGUACUGCAGCUUAAAGCUCUAGGCAUUGACAACGUGCUGAAGUUUGAGUGGCUGGCGCCGCCGCCUGCAGAGGCCCUCGUCCGCGCGCUUGAGGAGCUGCAUGCGUUGAAGGUUAUUGAUGAGGACGCCAGGCUGACUCGCGAUGUGGGCCUUGCGCUGGCUGCCCUCCCCCUGGAGCCGGGCCUGGGUGCGGCGCUGCUGGCGUCCCGGAGCUUGGGCUGCUGUGAGGAGAUGCUCACCUUGGCGGCCAUGAUGAGCGUACAGCAUGUGUGGGCGCCUGCGCAAGGAGCAAUACGCGCGCUGGAGGAGGCCAAGGCCAAGUUCGCGGCUGCAGAGGGCGACGGUGUGACGUUGCUUAAUGUGCACCGAGCCUGGAGAGCCAACGGGCGGUCUGCUGCUUGGGCCCAGCGCCACUUCCUCAACCACCACGCGCUCUUCCGGGCUGACGAGGCGCGAGACCAGCUGCAGGGCUUGCUGCGGCGCCACGGGCUAUUACCGCAGGACAAGCCACCACCCAGCUGCGAGCGGGACAUGGAGCCCGUGUGCCGUGCUCUGGCAGCGGGCCUGUUUAUGAACGCCGCCGUAUUUGACCGCACCGAGUACAAUCCCCUGGCUCCGGAGGGAGAUCCCGGCACGCAUGUGUUUCGGCUUGUACGGUACACGGCUCAGCGAACCCACCCAAUCAAGCUCCGAAUCCACAACAGCAGUGUACUGUGGCGCAGCAUACCGUCGUGCGUCGUGUACAAUACCGUACAGCAGUCGGACAACGGAUGGUACGAGAUGCAGGGAGUCACUGCCGUACAACCUGAUUGGCUCAUCGAACUGGCACCGCACAUCUUCCAUAAGCCCAGUCACACGGCGGUGUGAGUUUCGCCAAGCGUGGGCAGCAGUUUCCAUUCCAGGCUACAUUUGCGUCGUAUUUGCUUGUGUUUUGUUAAGAAGCAAAGACGCAGCAAGGUGCAGGCAUGUGGCAUCCACCCCCAACAGCUCUGGCUACUCUCGACACCACCUCCAUUUCCGUCGCCAUUGCUUCAACUGGCAAUGCUGCAACUGGCCGGUAUGCAUCGUUGUCUUAUGGCAAGCGCCCAAAUGUUUUGAAGAUUGUCCCAUGAGAUGAGGCGACUCUUCCCUGCGACACCCUGCGGUAGGCCGCCCUCCACAUGCACACAGAACGUACGGGGUGGCGUAUGGCGAAUGAGCAACACUGCGCUGCGUGGAGCGGAUGGGAAAUUGUCUGGAUCGCUGGAUGCACGAUCGUUUUUAAGGUUGAUUGAAUUCGAUUGUUACAGACGAGCCCGAUGGCACCUUAGGAGGUGCAAAAUUCUGCCUCUUACAAAUUGUUGCCUUUCAUGAUGGCGUCGGGUGCGGCAAAAGCUGCCCAGCGAGCAAGACUGAGGACAGGGAGCUGUGUACCGUACAGGGAAGCUAGCCGAAAGACGUGCGAGUUAGGAAUCUGCUACACGGGGGGUGGGUGCCCGGAUUGCUAUGAUGCGCAUCAUAGCCAGCCUCCAGAAGCUUUGCUUUUGUUUAGAAGUGCAAACGAAUAAUAAAAUGAAACACAUGUACGGAAGAAAGUACGGAGCUCAGGCAGGUUUAUGCACAACGGAACGAGACAUGUUCCCCUUCUAACGCAGGCCAUGUAUGUGUGUGUGUGUUACAUGGUUGGGGGGUGCGUGACCUCAUACCUGUAAAACUACCCAUACGAGCCGAAGGCCCAAGGGCAAUACUUCAACGCCUAAAAGCCACGGGGAAAAGGAAACGCCGCACAUCAGCCCAGAUUAGCGUCCAAAGGGGGUAAUUGAGUUUCGGUGAGCCCACAUACGUUCCAACAUCCUCGCCAGACGUGCAGGCUCCCAUUUCAUGGCCACCAACAUGCACUGUUGAUGAUCGAAUCCCUCUUCAGCACGAAUAUCAUCAUAGGCUGGGCAUUCCAAUAACAUGUGUUUUUCAUUCUCGACUUGGCUAUUGGUACCACAACAGCGGCAAAACCGCUGCUCCCUGGGGACAUGGUACUUGCCCCUUUGUGCUCUGUUUGCCUCCAGAGCCCAGCAACAUAAACGAAACUGCAUUAGCUUACGAUGUGCUAAACGAGGAAUGAAAACUUUAGCAUAUGUUGGCCACAUAACGGCUGCGGCUCCCGAAAAGGGCAGCCCCAUCCAGUGCUUAUAUUUCGCCAUCUGCACUCCCGGUUGCUUCCCAUCUGAUGGGUACUCCUCUGGCAAGGCAGUCAGACGCGCAUGGUCCCAGCCGCUCAUUAAACGCUCCCUUAGUGCCGUUAUCACCGCUCCUUUGGGGAGAGGUCUGCUCAACCGCCAGUCAACACGCUCCUUUACCCCCACGACUUCUUGCGGUAUUCCGCUCCAAAUAUUGCACUCCAAGAAGGAAAACAGUCGUAACAUUGAGGUUCCCCAACCCUCCCAU